UGUGUGUACAUUUUAUUUAUUAGAUGAUCGAAAUAAGUUCAAAUAAUUGAGAAAAUGUAUCAUUUAUCUGCCCUUUAUUUCUGGGAACAUGGAAUUAUUCGUCAAAGAAUAUAAACAACUUAAACACAAAAAAAUCGAGUUAAUAUGAAAAUCGUGUCUAAUUUCAAUUUCAUUUCUUUCUUUCUUUUUGUUGUGUUACUGAAUUCAGUCACUUUUGGUUAAGGUAAAAACCAUACAAAUAGACUAUAGAAAAUAGUAUCCCACCACCAAAACACCAAAAUAACACGCAUCCCACUGAGUCUUCCGUGUUUAACCAAUCAGACACACGUCGGCGCAUAUCAAAGGAUCAGGUUAGCCAAUCAGGUGCGAUCACAGCUGGGCUCGGACCACCGGAGCUAUUUAUGAGGACCCAAAGCCGCUCCAGUCUAACAGUAACCUUUAACUAACUUCUUCUGCAUGGGGCUGAGUUUCUGACGCACAACGCGUGCGCACAGCUUGGAGACAUCUAGACCGUUCUUGGAUAAAUAAACAUGGCUUCAAGUGGCAGUGAGUGCUCAGGAAAAGCCGUCCAGUACCGGGUGGACCAUCUGCUGAGCGCCGUGGAGAACGAGCUGCAGGCCGGGAGCGAGAAAGGAGACCCAACCGAGAGGGAGCUGAAAGUGAGCCUGGAUGAGGUCGAGCUGUGGCAGAAGUUUCGCGAGCUCACCAAUGAGAUGAUUGUAACCAAGAACGGCAGGCGCAUGUUCCCCGUGCUGAAAGUGAGUGUGUCUGGUCUGGACCCGAGCGCCAUGUACUCGUUCCUGCUGGACUUCUCGGCGGCGGACUCGCACCGCUGGAAGUAUGUGAACGGGGAGUGGGUGGCGGGAGGCAGACCCGAGCCGCGCACCUCCAGCUGUGUGUACAUGCACCCCGACUCCCCAAACUUCGGAGCGCACUGGAUGAAAGCUCCAGUGUCCUUCAGCAGAGUCAAACUCACCAACAAACUCAACGGGGGAGGACAGAUCAUGCUGAACUCCUUACACAAAUAUGAGCCGCGCAUCCACAUAGUACGCGUCGGAGGGCCACACAGAAUGAUAACCAGCCAUUCCUUCCCUGAAACCCAGUUCAUAGCAGUCACUGCAUACCAGAAUGAGGAAAUCACUGCACUCAAAAUCAAAUACAACCCCUUCGCCAAAGCUUUCCUCGAUGCCAAAGAAAGAAGUGAUCAUAAGGAAAUAAUGGAUGAAGUCAGUGAGAACCAACAGUCUGGCUAUACGCAAUUGAGUGGCUGGUUUCUGCCAGGAAGCGGAUCCCUCUGUCCUCCUGCGAACUCUCACCCUCAGUUUGGUGGCGCUCUGCCCCUGCCGUCCUCUCACAGUUGUGAACGUUACCCCACAUUGAGAAGUCAUCGCUCCUCACCUUACCCCAGCCCGUACCCUCACCGAACAACCUCCCCCACUGGUUAUUCCGAAAACACUUCAGCUUGUUUGUCUAUGCUGCCUGCCCAUGAGAACUGGCCCAGUCAACAGAUGUCCUCUCACUCCAGCAUGGUCCCAAUGGGCCAACACUCUCCCCCCAACUCCAACUCCAGUCAGUACACCAGUUUGUGGACUGUAGGAAAUGCUCCGCUGACUCCAGUGUCGCAGACAGGUGGAAUGUCGAGCAGCUUGGGUUCCCAGUACCUCCGUGGCUCUGCGAGUCAUUAUGCCAGCCUGUCUCACCCAGCUACGGUGCCCAAUCCUGGAUCUCCGCUCUAUGACUGUACACCUGCCACAGAGGUGCACAACGUAUCUCCUUACGACAACACCACCCACGUGCGGCUGGCCACGGCCUGGACACCCAUCACACCUCCUUCCUUAUAGACAGCAGAGCACGGUGCACUGAUUUACCAGUGAUAAUGUUGGUUUCUGAACUAGCACUCGAUCUAUGCAACAGCACAAAGAUAUGAAGCCUGGAUUCUUAUGUUCAACUGCAUUGAACUGAGCAAAGUUCAUUAUGCAGCGGGAAGGUCGGGGUGUUCGUAGGCCCUGUCUGGAGUUUAAAUAUUACUGCUGCUUCCGUCAGUGCCUUUAGAUUUGUUUAAAUAAUGAUUUGUGCAACGUUUUAAAAUGUUACAUGUGGGAUUAUUUAUAGUUUUCUAAUAGCAUGGCGAAUGUGUUCUGUACAGACAAUCAUUUGUACAAAGUGUAAAUUGAUUUAUUUUAACCUCAGGAUUUUGUUUUCAGCAUAAAUCAUUCUGAUAAUAUUUUUUAUUUGUGAAAUCAACUCAGUUGGAGCUGCACAAUUGCUACAGAGCUACUGAAUCUUAAUUAAAAAACAAAAUGAUUAACUGAUUGUGACUGAUUUCAAACACACUUCAAGUCUUAUAUCUCCAAUUAGAUGGUCUUUGAUACAUAAGCAUGUUUUUUUUUUUCUUUUUUCCCCAUGAGCUAUAUUGUACACUGACUUACCAACAGGACCGUAAAAUAGAAAUGAACAAAUCAUAAACUUCUACCACUGACGCAUGUGAAAAAGUGCUACUGGGAUAAGAUAAUGCAAAAACACAACAGUUAGGAUUUCUUUGGAAUGGGGGUUCGAAAAGUACUGAGAGAUGACAUUUAUGUGAAAGUAUAAUAUAAUAUAUCAGGUGAAUAAUAUUUACCAUUAGCUUUAAUUUGAUUAGCCAAUUAUGUUAGCUGCUGAGAUCAAUGCUAGUCUAACAUGGCAUUAGCAAAGAAAACAGGCUGACUUAGUUCAAUAUGGACAGUUAAUGUUAGCAAAUUAGUAAAACCUACCUCAACAUACUUUGAUUUAGUUUGUGUGUUUUAGGGAGACAACGGAUACUGAAACUGAGGCAUUGCCAGUGGUCUUCAUCCUCAAAUCCUACACUGCAGUUCGGUGGCUUAUCCCUUUUCAAAUGCAGAUGGCUCUGGUGCUCAUAUAUUGUCUAGCAUGAGAUCAUGACUGCAGGUGAUGAAUCGGCACAACCUUGAUUUGUAACGAGUAUGUUUGAGGUCUAAAUAAAAAUGUAAGGAGUAAAAAGUAUGUUUUGUCUUGAAAAUCUAAUUAACUGGAAGUUAACAAUACAUACAGUCAUGUUUUAAAAAAAAAAAAAAAAAAAAAAAAA